AUGUACACGCAUGGCCCAGGUAUUGCGCUAGCACAGCUUGCGCCCCCGAAUCACAAGUACAAAGUCCCGUAAGUCUCGAGCGCCACUGCAGCAGAGCAGCAGCUAUGGCACUGGCGAUCGAAUCUAGUUGAUCUGCUUCCAGCGCCUUGGAUAGCGCACAUUCGUCGCGCGGAUUCAAUGGAGUCCGCCGUGAUGCGCGGUCCGAGUGCUAAUUAUGCACAGCACUGACUCUGCCGUCAUCGCUCCGCUACUCAGACGCUUGCCAUUGAUUCCGAACGCAUCCAAGCGCGAGCUCGCAUGGGGGAUCUUUUGGAUGAUCCUCGUCACCGGGGUCUGCGCCCUGUUGCUCGAACUCAGAGCAGCGCGACGCAGGAUGAGAAAAGGGAAGGGAGUAUCGCGUGCGUCACACACGAUGCAGCGCCAGCCAAAUGAGGGGAUGAUCACGCUCUCGGGCUGGAUGUCAUCCACGUCGGCCUGGAUCGAAGGCCCCAGAGCGUUGA